AUGACCAGUCAAACCACAGCCUCUACAUCACAGAGCAGGUCAGCGGACAGUAGAAGCAUCACUGGAGACAGUCAGGGCAGCCACCAGUUUGUGAGAAUGGCUGAACCAACCAAGGCUCGCUCUGGCCCAGCAGAGGGACCUGGAGGUUCUCCUGCCACAGCAAGUAAAGCCAACGCAAAGUUUGCAAAAAAUCUCAGCACCUCUGGACGCAGAUUACAGAGAGAGCUGGCAGAAAUUACACUUGAUCCACCUCCUAACUGCAGUGCUGGCCCAAAAGGAGAUAAUCUGUAUGAAUGGAGCUCAACAAUUCUAGGACCAAAGGCAUCUGUGUACGAAGGGGGAGUUUUCUUUUUGGAUAUUCAGUUCACCACUGAUUAUCCUUUCAAACCACCAAGGGUUGUAUUCCGUACGAGGAUAUAUCAUUGUAAUAUAAACAGUCAGGGAGCGAUAUGUCUCGAUAUUCUCAAGGACAACUGGAGUCCAGCACUCACUAUAUCAAAGGUCCUGCUCUCUAUCUGCUCGCUGCUCACUGACUGCAACCCCAAUGACCCUCUGGUAGGCAGUAUUGCUCAGCAGUACCUCACAAACAGGGAGGAGCACGACCGCAUUGCCCGACAGUGGACCAGAAGAUAUGCCACGUGA